AUGUUUUCUUUUCUUUUGACUGUCUGCUUGCUGUACGUCUCCUCUGUCGCCGCCGGUCUCUAUGGCACACGUCCCAUCGCGAAUACGGUUCUGAGCGCUGGCCGCUUGUCUACUGUUACUUGGAUCAACGAUAACACCAAGCCCUCUCUCACGGAAAUGGGACCUGUGCGAAUCGACUUAUACUAUCAAGACAACUAUGUCGCGACGGUGGCGGACAAUGUCGAUCCUUUAAGCAGACAUCAGAAGGUCUGGAUAUCGCCGACCUGGGGUCCGAACGGCUCGGAUUAUCACAUGCGCUUCAUAUGCGAAGAUCCUCCCCUGACAAUCUAUACAGCUGACUUCACGAUCACUGCCAUGGACGAUACAUCGCCGUAUGGCGGCUCAGAACAUGAUGCGGAAGUUUCUUCUAGCUCUUAUGCUACCAAGACGUCGGCUAGUGUCUAUACGGCAACGUUCUCUCUGGGACCACUGAGCAUCAGCACUACCUUCGAGUCAUCCUCCACUGGGCAAUCUUCCACAUCGCCAUCACUGACAUCAUCCUCUAUCAAUACUCCUGUCUCUACAAGCACAUCUCCUGUGAUGACACAGACCGAGAACCCGUACAUGGACAAGGCGAAGACUGGAGCUAGCGGCAGCAGCAUCUGGAGAAAGACUACCGUCGACCUCGAACGUAUCAAAUUCCGCCUUGUCUUCAUCCUCUGGCCCGUCCUGAUUGGUGUUACUAUGGCCUUGUAA